CCUUGGAUGACCUUCUAGUUGUACGGCCAUCUUGAGAUCGAACAACCUGUCACCUCAAAAAUAAGACAUUGCACAAAGUCACGAUAAUCCAGAGAGGGGAGUCUGUUCCAAUCGUGCAGAACGGAAUUAUUUUACAUCAGAGUGCAUCAAGAUCUCGUUUAAAUGUCAGAGUUCUCGAUGAAACCUGUUUCGCACAGCGAAAACAAAGAUGAGGUCGUAGGACACUUUCCUCCAGGACCAUUGGAUAGUUAUCGAGAGCACGCUUCCUUCGACUGGUUUCAGAUGAAAGUGUUUUUAGAUGGGGGAGAAGAUGUAGUCAGAUUCCAGCACAAUAUGUGGAAAACUAUGGAGAAAGACUCGUUAUUUGACCGUGUCAACGAUUGGAAAUUGAGUAUGGACGAACGCAGGCGUGUAACAAUGAAACGAUGUAAGAGAAUUGCGGAGUACAAUUUUUUGACAGAAGAUGAUAUUAUGGCAGCACCACUCUUGGUUCAGGCAUUUGGUGACGCCUUAGGAAUAUACGACUGGAGUUUAUCAACAAAAUUCACUUUAAACACUACGAUGUUUGCUCGUCAAGUUAGAACAUCAAGCACACACGAACACAUCCAAGAGCUUGCAGAUAAAGCUAUGAGGUUUGAAGUCUUCGGUUGUUUUGCUCUGACUGAGUUAACACAUGGAAGCAAUACUAAGGGUGUUCAAACCACAGCUACUUACGAUCCAUCAUCACAGGAGUUUGUGGUCCAUACACCCAACUAUGAAGCUACAAAGUGUUGGGUGGGCAACCUGGGUAGAACUGCAACCCAUGCCAUAGUCUAUGCACAGCUUUACACCCCUGAUGGAGUCUGCCACGGACUCCACUCCUUUGUCAUUCAAGUACGAAACACCACAGAUCUCUUACCCAUGCCUGGGGUGACUGUAGGAGAUCUUGGAGAGAAACUGGGUCAAAAUGGACUAGAUAAUGGGUUUGUGUCUUUUAACCAUGUUCGUAUUCCACGGGAACACUUGCUGAACAGAACAGCUGAUGUGACACCUGCAGGGAAGUAUGUUACACCAUUUAAAGACCCAAACAAAAGAUUUGGUGCUGCACUGGGUGCUUUGUCUGGUGGGCGAGUUGGGAUAACAAGUAUGGCAGUGAUCAACUUGCGGCUGUGUAUGUCUAUUGCUAUUAGGUACUCUGCUGUUAGAAAACAGUUUGGUCCACCUGGAAAGGAUGAAAUUCCUGUGUUAGAAUAUCAAAUGCAGCAAUGGAGACUGAUUCCCAAGUUAGCAGCAACAUAUGCUUUAGCUUAUUUUGCAAGGACCUUCUUUAUGAAUUUUGUUGAGCUACAAGUUGGUAUGAUGAUGGGAGAAUCAGGUGAAAUACAAGCUGCUUUAGGACGUGAGAUCCAUGCCUUGUCAUCUGCUAGCAAACCUCUGGCCAGUUGGAUUGCACAAAGUACUAUUCAGGAAUGUCGUGAGGCCUGUGGUGGCCAUGGUUACCUUGCAAUCAACAGGUUAGGUGAAUUAAGAAAUGAUAAUGACCCCAACUGCACUUAUGAAGGAGAUAAUAACAUGCUUCUGUGGCAGACAAGUAGUUAUCUCUUAUCUCAGCUGGAUGCUAAACAGAAAGGUUCCCAUAUUUCCAGUCCCCUUCACACAGCUGACUUCAUAAAUGACAUUGAACAAAUCAUGACACAUCAAUUCCAUGCAAGCACAGAGCAAGAAUGUAGAAACCCUGAUUUUCUUGUUGGAGCAUACCAAUGGCUUGUUUGUUACCUACUAAAAGAGAGUGCCCAGAAGUUUAAGCAAGAGCUUACAAGUGGAAAGGACUCCUUUGCAGCUAAGAAUGACAGCCAAGUAUUUUACUGUAGGUCAUUGGCACUUGCUUUCAUUGAGUGUACAAUUUUGAAGAGAUUCAAGGAAGCAAUUUUCAAUGAGGAUGAAAUUCCACAAGCUCUUAAACCAGUUCUUCUCAGACUUUGUUCACUAUAUGGCUUGUCCUCUCUAGAGACACAUCUCACUACUCUAUACCAAGGUGGCUUUUGUUGCUCAGUGAAUGAUGCCAGAAUUGUGAGAGCAGCCAUACUUACUCUUUGUUGUGAGUUGAAGAACGAAGCUGUAGCCCUGGUGGAUGCCUUAGCCCCACCGGAUUUUAUUCUUAACUCACCCAUUGGUCACAGUAAUGGAAAGGCUCAUGAAAACUUGCAUGCUGCGAUUAUGCAAAAACCAGAGAACAAGGAACGAAUUACAUGGUGGAAGGAGUGUCGUCAACUUCCCAUUAUCAGAGAUCGUAGCAAGUUAUGAUUGAAAACGCCGCCGGAAACAUUUCUCACGGAUGGUCUCUCCUCUUGAUAAGAGAAAGUCAAUGUCUAGUUAACGUGUUUUGUAGGAAGGAGUUUCAAGUUGAGGAUUUUUUAGGUGGUUUUAUGCUUGCAGUUAAUCACUUCGAUGGGGUGACUUAAGGAGCCUCCUCAUAUAACGCCCUGAUUUCCUUCCAGUUAAACGUGACGUUCACGUCGUUUUCACUCCUCAAAAUUUAAAGCGAGGAAAAGAAAGUUUCAGAGAAACUUAUCAGAGAUUAAAUUGAAAGUGACUUAACUACUAAAAUGCUCCUUCGGGUUGAUACAUUUGUAUGUUAUUCAAUAGGUUAUCAAAAUGUUGAGUCGCCCUGUGUAAAAAACGAUUCAACUGGUGCUGAAAACACUGCAAAAAUGUUUCAUGGUAUGCUAUCGUAGGGUAUGUUUUAACUUUUUUUUCUUAAACCUCCGAAAAGUUCGUUCCAAGAUUACUGUGGCCGCUUGACUUUCUAACGAGGUUUGUGAGCUGGUUAAUGCCCUUUAGAACUUUAUCUUCGUGAACUUAGCAUAUGUAAUCUUUUUUUGAUACCCUCAAAACCCUUCAAAUCUGAUGAUCUGAUUUGUAUUUCUCCUUUCUAGCUGCCAUUCAUUUUCUUGUUAAUUAUUUAAGAGAAAAUGUCAGUUUUGCCAGUGGAAAUGACAUAUUGAUCACUUCUGCGAUACAAAGGGUCCAAUAGUAAUUGCAAGCUAGUUAAAAGUUUUGCUGCGUUUGAGAAUAAUUUGGGUUGAAACCCUUUAAAGCCUCCGCUCAUAUCUGUUGAACGCCCUAAGUAAAUUUACCAAAUCGGAAGAUUAUUUAUAAACUAGAUUUGAUAACGUUUUCCAUAUAUAGUUAUUUACGUACUUUACUGAACUUUUCACGGACAACAAGGGUACACAAGAUUAAAGAAAUGAGUCAAGAAUCAAAUCA